AUGCAGUUAACCUUAAGUAAAUUAUUUCAGCAUUCAUAUAUCUUAAGACAAUAUGCUUAUGUUCCUUCGUACAAACCCCCAGAUGAAAAAGAUUACAUGUGUCUAUUGGAAUUCUUACAAAAACAUACAAGAGUUUUAGUACUUACAGGUGCUGGAAUAUCGACAGAAUCUGGAAUACCUGACUAUAGAUCGAAGGAAGUUGGACUAUAUGCUAGAACAAAUCACAAACCAAUACAGUACCAGGAGUUUGUAAAGUAUUCUAAUGUUAGGCAAAGGUACUGGGCGCGCAAUUUUGUAGGAUGGCCACGUUUUAGUUCGAUACAACCAAAUGCAACACACUUUGCAAUUAGAGAUCUAGAAAAGGUAGGAAAGAUAUCAUCAGUAGUGACACAAAAUGUAGAUAGACUCCAUCACAAAGCUGGGUCAGUCAAUGUCAUAGAGCUUCAUGGUACUGGGUACAUAGUGAAAUGUUUGCACUGUUCAUAUGAAAUAGAUAGAUUCAAGUUACAGGUAGAGUUGUUGAGAAAAAACCCUGAAAUGGAGAGUAGUUUUAGUAUGAUAAGGCCUGAUGGUGAUGUGGAACUUUCAAAGGAGCAGGUGGAUAAGUUUCGCGCGCCAAUCUGUCCAGAUUGCAAUGGACCAUUAAAACCAGACAUAGUUUUCUUUGGUGACAAUGUCCCGAAGGAGAGAGUUGAAAGAGUAAGACAUGAGGUAUCAAAGAGUGAUGCCAUUUUUGUGCUAGGAUCUAGCCUCACAGUUUAUUCAAGCUAUAGAAUAAUAUUACAAGCCAAGGAUGAGGGUAAAAAAAUUGCUGUUUUAAAUAUAGGACCCACGAGAGCUGAUAAUAUUGUUGAUUUAAAAAUUUCUACAAAAUGUGGGGACAUUCUCAGAGAUGUUUGUAGAAAUUUAUGA